AGCGUAGGAGGAGACUGAGCAGCUAUGAGCAGCACCCAAAGGGUCUGGUGGCAGCAAUGGACUGACACUACCAACAUCAAGCCUUUAUCCAUUUUGAGGACCACUCACGAGCCCCACGGCCGGCCAGAGGACCAAGUGCUCAUCAAUCGCCGAGAUAUAACAAGUAGCAAGGAUGCCUGGGACAUGCAGGAGUUCAUCACGCGCAUGUACGUCAAGCAGCUGCUCCGACACCCGGCCUUUCAGCUGCUGCUGGCCGUGCUGCUGGUGAUCAACGCCAUCACCAUUGCUCUCCGCACCAACUCCGUCCUUGGCCAGAAAUACUAUCAGUUGUUCUCUACCAUAGAUGACAUUGUGCUGACCAUCCUUCUCUGUGAGGUUCUCCUUGGCUGGCUCAAUGGCUUCUGGAUUUUCUGGAAGGACGGCUGGAAUAUCCUCAACUUCCUUAUUGUCUUCAUCUUGCUCAUGGGGUUCUUUAUUAAAGAACUGGAUGCCAUCGCUAUCACCUACACCCUCAGGGCGCUUCGUCUGGUGCACGUGUGCAUGGCAGUGGAGCCCCUGGCCCAGAUCAUCCACGUCAUCGUGCAGUCAGUGCACGACAUGGCCAACAUCAUGGCCCUCAUCCUCUUCUUCAUGCUGGUGUUCUCCGUGUUUGGAGUCACACUCUUCGGUGCGUUCGUGCCCAACCAUUUCCAGAACAUGCAGGUGGCCCUGUACACCCUCUUCAUCUGCAUCACGCAGGAUGGCUGGGUGGACAUCUACAGCGACUUCCAGAUGGAGAAUAGGGAGUAUGCAAUGGAGAUUGGAGGCGCCAUCUACUUCGUUAUCUUUAUCACCAUUGGUGCCUUCAUUGGCAUCAACCUGUUGGUCGUUGUGGUGACCACCAACCUGGAGCAGAUGAUGAAGUCAGGAGAAUCAGGGCAGCAGCAGCAAAGAAGCUUCAGUGAGACAAGCGAUGAGGUGGACGAGAAUAAUAGGCUGCCACUGGUGCACUGUGAGGAAGCCCGCUUGGAGAAGUCCGGUGACCUCCAGGAGCCGAUGGUGGGAGGGCCCCUGUCUAACCUCUCGGAGACCACAUAUGACAACUUUUGCUUGGUGCUCGAGGCGAUACAGGAGAACUUGAUGCAGUACAAGGAGAUCCGAGAUGAGCUCAACAUGAUCGUGGAUGAGGUUCGUUCCAUCCGCUUCAACCAGGAGCAGGAGGAGGAAAUGUUGCAGAGGGGCUUUUCACUGAGCCUGCAGAAGGAGAGUUUGAAUUCCUUGGACCCCCAUGACCACCAGCAAGACUUGCUCACAGCACUCAUCAAAAUGGAAAAGGUUCAGGAAUCCAGUACAAAUCUACUCCUUGGCAAACACAAGGCCAGCCGCUGAGAGGUCCAGGCAGGAGCGAAGGACCUGCAUGCACACACCCAGCCACUGUGUCUUCCUGCAUCCCUAGCAUGGCUUGGCACAGCCUGGUCUAAGCCCAUCCUCUCCCUUGGAUGGCCUUGCACCUGGGCAGAGAGGCCUGGAGUUGUGAAGGUGGUGGCUUCUCCAGGGCCUGUGUCUGUGAGCUCCAGGUCCAGAGGAGCGAGGAUGAAGAUGGGGACUGGAUGAGAGUGGGAGCCGUAGACAGCAAGGAUGAGCCCAGAGGGGCAUCUCAACCAAGGCAGCCAGGAUUUGCCUAAGGAUGGGCAGCCCUGGCCUCCUGCUGUAGCUCAGAGUCAGGUGGGACUCAGUGGCCCCAAGCACCAAAGACAAGAGAAAGGCGAAGCUAUGGGGCCAGGCAUCUGUGUAUUAUCAAUAAAGUUUUAUGUUGGGAUCAACGUGUCUGACUGGGGGAUCCCCACCCCUUGGGGCAGCCUUGCCCCAGGUCUGAUGGGGGAGACACAGCCUGCCCUCAAGAGCUUCCAGUCUAGUGGGAAAGGAAAUCUACACCCCUGAAAAUUUCUGGUUUAGUGAUAGAGAUAUAAUCCCUGUACCCACAGUUCUAAAUUUUGGGGAGAAAAGUCUGGUCCUCAUGGUUAGGAGACCCCAACAGAUAAGGGAAACAUAGCUGUAUCCUAUCCCUCCUUGUCUGAAGGUGAGACUGGUCCUCAUUCUGGGGAGCCCUAGUCUAAUGGGGUAACCACUGACCAAGUCAUGGAAGUAUACAGGCUGCUCCAUUCUGGGGCAAUGGGGAAAUGACAGGGCAAAGUGUGGGACCUGGCCGACUUUCUGGAGGAGAGAAGCAUCAGAGUUUGCUGGAGAAAAAAGCAGGAGGAUUUUUUGGGCAGGGGUUAGGUGAAUGAAGUCUGGUGGGGAACUUGGGACCUGUGGAGCCUAUUUGGGACCUUCACACCAGAGACCACUGGGAGCCACAGCAGGUUCCAAGCUAGGCAAUAGAGAGAGUCUGAGAAUGCUAUGGAAGUAUUAGAUAAUAGGAAAAGUUAUCUCAGAGGAGAGGAGACCUGGUUUCUGGUCCUUGGGCACAUCACUAGGCAAUGGGGAGAGAGUGAGAUUGAUCAUCUCUAAAAUCAAAUGGCCUGCUCUCAGCCCACAAGGUGGGGGACCAGUGGGAACAACCAUGUCUCCGAGAUUCAGGUUCUCAUCAGGUCAGGGGAAAGGCUGGAAGGCCCAGAGUUCUGCCCAGCUGUUCAGCAAAGGCUGACAAUUAAGGGCCUUGGGGAAAUUUACCAGUUGGAAUGGGAGUCCCAGGAGGCCCACUGAUUGCAGCUGAUGGGAAACUCCACCCUCUAUCUCCUUCCCAUCAUCAUUGGUUCCAGCCCUGAAAAGCCCCCUGGGGACUGCUGGGAAAAAAUCCGGACACCUGGGGCUGGGGGCUGGGGUGGUGUUCAGCAGGCAGGUGAGAGGUGGCACCGAGAGCCUACACCGCCCCACUGUCUUGGAGCUGCCCUCUGUUCCCUGGUUUUGGACCAGGAUUCCUGCCCAGCGCCUUCUAGGACCAUCAGCCAGCAGAGCCAUGGGCAAUCGAUAGCUGUUGCUGCUGCUGCUUCUCAGGGAUGGAGCCCUCAACCUGUCUGGCUGGGAUUCUACCCCAGGUCUGAUUUCAGAGCCCAGACCACAAUCCAUUGCUUCCAAAGGAGGUGCUGUGGGCAGGAAACCUCAAUAUUAUAAAGGCAGGGUUACAAUCUGGAGAGUUGGGUCAGAUACAAUACUCUCCACGAAAGACUCUGUAUCUACAAGCCUGAGAACUACGGAGUUUGCAUCUACUUCAAACACUUCAUCCCCUACAUCAGCUCCAGCUAACAAGAGACACACAGGCUCUGCAGCUCCAUUUAGCACCUCAUCAACAACCAUGAUGACAUCACUGUCUGGCCUCCCACAGGGUCCAACAUCUGCUAUUACUCCAACUACAUCACAAGCCAGCAGCAUUACUGGGUCCACUGAGCAGACAGCACAAGUAGGUGGGAAUCAGGGAGAGGAAUCAAAAACAACCAUCCCCAUACCUUCCAAAGGCACAAUUCUGUCAACUUCCAUGGCAACUUCUAUAUUGAAGGACCGGGAAGGCACACCCAGAACCACAGCCUCAUCCAGCAUGGCCACUUCAGCUGAACCCCAAAAGAAAGCCAGAGAGCUUCGACUACUGCCCCAGCACCAUCAAAUGUAGUCAAAGGAAUGGAACCAGCAGUGUCCACCGACGAUGAGAAGCCAGCCACAACUACAGCCCCAACAACAAUGAACACAACCAAUGAUGUGAAAGAAUCUUCAUCCAUCCCAGUUAUCCGCGCCACGUCGCUAACCAUGACCAUGCUUGGAACAACUCUUCUUGGGACAACCGUGCCUGAGACCCAGGAAGGGGAAAGUUCCAAUGCACUCCCACUCCCAACAACAGUCUUUGCUGGGAGGGACAUGAAUUCCUCAGCCCUCACAAUGAGAACAUUGUCUGCAACACAUCACAACACAGUCUCACAGACACCUUCCAGUUCAGUGGAUUCAGCCUCCAGUGCUGGCACUGCUACAGGCCAGUUGCCUGAGACAACAGCUGCUCAUCCAGCAACCCUUUGCCCCAGCUCCUUGAGGACAACAAAAUCCUCUGCUAUGUCUGGGGCCAGUCAGGCUCCCCCAAAACACCCCCAGAGUAGUAGUGUCAGAGCCUGUGCUUUGGAUGAGUAUCCAACAAGUAGGGGGGGUUGUGUGUGUAAUGAGAGCUACUAUGCCCAUUCAGGUAAGUCUGAGGACCUCACGUGAGUAAAGCCAAAGAAGAGGUGUGGGGUAGGGUGGACAUGAUAACUCCAGCAGUCCUGGGCAGAAGGCCCAGAGGAACAUCGUGUCCAAAGAAUAUGGAGAGAUUCCACAUGGUUUGGUCAGAUGGCAUCUGAAGAGUCCAUCUGGGUAGAGGUGAUUUCUGGUGGAAGGAUAUGUAGCUGGGCAUAUGAGGUAAAAUGGACAAUCUGUCAGUCCCCAGCCCCCAGGACUCCAGCCAUUGGCCAGAGAUUAAGCCUUCCUGAGAGAGGGAGCUGUUGAUCCACCAAAGAUCAGGAAUAUAGACCCAGCAGAGGCCUGGAGGGCUAGGCAGGGAAACUGAGGCAAAAGUCUUGUUGCUGGAGCAAGGCCAAUGUGGCAGAUACUGCUGAGUUUACAAGCUUCCCCAGGCAGUACAACAAACUCCCAGACCCACCCUAUGGCAAGGCUGAAGCUGGGUUCUAGGCACUGAAAAAGGUGGUAUCCCCCAAUAUAUGUCAUUCACAGUCAAAAAACUCCUACCCCAAAAACAUUUAAGUUUAACGCAAUUCUGAUUUUCCCCAAAAGAUUACUCUCUCUUUUUUUCAAAUACAAAUUCCUUCAAAGAGCCUUUCUUUGGCAUUCUUGCUUUGCU